UACAUUGUACAUAUAUACAUAUAUGCAUAUAUAUAUAUAUAUAUAAAACAGAAAAUCACCAACUGUCAAAAGCAACGUAACAGAACGUAAAUCAUCAAUAAAUGUUGUAUAACUGUGGCUACAUUUAAUGUCCUUUAGAUAACAUAAUGACCACCUCAUCACAUGUCUGCGCACACAUGUUAUGAAUCAUUCUCACAUGUUUUUCUCUUUGAAUCUUAUCUAAAUUAAAGCAGACGGUGUUUGCCUGCAGCCUAAAAGUUUUUCAUCACAUUCUUUCAAAACAGUACAGCAUAACUUUCACCAAAUAAAUCUCACUUAUGUAGUAUGUCUGUACUAUGUAAAGGUCACUGUUGUCCUUUACUCAUUUUAUUGACAUAUUUCAAUAAAUAUUUAGAUCUACACAGGAGCUCUUGGUUGUUCUGCAAAACAAGCCCUACUGAUUACUGCAAUAAUUAGGAUCUUCAAGGUUUUAGUUUUUAUGGACAUUAGAUAUUUAAUCCUUAGAAGAUUGGAAAGUGUCUUGCAUUGUUUUCGUCAAAGAAUAAGAGACUUUACAAUAUUUGGAAACACUCUUGAAAACCAUUCUCUGGCAUUUUCAGCUGUCCGCUGCCGCUCUAUGUUAAUUACAUGGCAUCUCAUCAGAACUGAACAAAAAGAUUUGAAUGAAGAAUGAUGGAAAUUCAAGCUUCACAGAGAAGGAAGGCAACGGUGAUAUGAGCAUUCAUCGUGCAGAAACUAUUUGGGCUCGCUUGCACGGGGAAAAACACCGUUGCUUUAUGAUGCCUGUCAAAAAAUACGACUCUAUUAAUUUGAGUUACAACAACCACCUGCAAUCUUUUCUCUGAGCGGCGCCCUGUGAUCUACUCUGGCAUUUUUCUAAAAAAACGGGAAGAGAGACGAGGACACUGCAAACAGAAAAGCAGACAGGAACAGUUUACAGCGACAAAAAUAAAAACGCACCUGCUAAAAAUCCCAGAAUUUUGUGAUGUCAAGAAAUCUUCAAGAAGACAUCAUCGAAAAUAUUUUCCUACCUUUUGUUAUGUGACACGAAUCCUGUUCAGUAGAGCUGAAAUAUUUUAUUUUGUGCACCUUUACACUGAGUUUCAAUUUCUAUCUAAUAUCUAAUACAUUACAUUGAACAUAAUUAACCUUAAAUACAGUUCAACUCUUCGUGUAAGAUUGUCUUCACCUCUGCCUCUUUUAGUUAAAGCCAUGGUUUUUAGAGGAGUUAAAAGGCUCAAACUGUAUAAAUAUAUAUUAUAAAAUCUGGUCAUUCUGGCUAUAAUCACAAAACCUUCUGGUAGAAAACAUCAGAGUUUGAUUAAUUUAAACUAAAGUUUUUGUUUCGAAUGCCAACAUGCAAUUUUGGCACACUCUGGGCUUACUUUUCUUUAAAUGGAACAAAGGUCUUUGUCAAAAUAAACGAAACUAUGAACACUUCCUAAUACCAGUGAAUUUUGUACAAGAACCUAUGUUUUCUUUUUUUAAUUUCACUUUCAGUCAAAGAGAAAAUGAUGUUAUCAAAGGGCCUGAACAGAUGCCAAAUCUAAAUCUGAGAGAAACUUUGUGGGAUCGACUACAAGAGAUGUCCUCACAAUCUGAACUGGUAUCUGCUGUCGAGGCAGGCCUGGACAUAAGGAACCUACCUGCCAACCUGACCAGCCGCUGGGACAUGGGCUCCGCUUUCUUCUUCUGUGGUACCAUCAUCACCACCAUAGGCUUUGGGAAUCUGUCCCCUCGGACGUGGCUUGGACAGCUGUUCUGUGUGUGUUACGCCCUGGUCGGUAUCCCCAUGUUUGGCAUCCUGCUUGCUGGAGUGGGUGAUCACAUGGGCACGGUGCUGCGGAGAGCUGUGGCCAAGAUUGAGAACCUGUUUUUGAAACGUAAAAUCAGGUCCACAACUGUGCGUGUGAUGUCAGCAGUUCUCUCCAUCCUUAUUGGCUGCUUGAUUUUCCUCGCUGUCCCGACGGUCGUGUUUCAGAAAGUGGAGAGGUGGUCGUUUCUGGAGUCGCUGUAUUUCGUGGUCAUCACCCUUACCACUGUUGGAUUUGGAGACUUCGUACCAGGUGGAGGUUAUGAAGGUGGGACGAUCUUCAAGCCUCUUGUGUUGUUGUGGAUAGUGUUUGGCCUGGCCUACUUUGCCUCCAUCCUCACCAUGAUAGGCAACUGGCUGAGGGUUCUGUCCAAGAAGACGCGCGCUGAGGUGAGAGCUAUUAAGAUGGAGGAGUUAAGGGCCCACGCCACGGACUGGACCCAGAACAUGGACUUCCGUAUCCCAAACCCUCUGGAAUUCAACGACCCUUUCCUUCUUCAACGCCGGCGUUGGAAACGCAGUGAGCGACGCCGCAUCCGCCGGGGAGCCCACGGCACCCUGGGACACUGGGUUCGAGGCACCUCUGAGAACGGACACUUGCCGAACCGCUGGGCCGGCCUCUCCAGCUCCAUGUGCCAGCUGGAAGGUCAGUCCUCUCUAGAGAGGGCUCCGGUGGCCAAGCCUCGGCCACGGGGCAGCGCAGCUGGAGACCCAGCAGUCCCAAAAGCAGCUCUGGGGAGCAGACCAGAUGCUGCUGUUGGUGUUCAGGGACAAGGAAGGCCCUUUCACCAGGUUCUGACCCGCUCGUUCUCCCUCCCUGUGGCCCGAUCCACCUCAGAGCUGGACUCCACAGGUACAGCCAUGCAGGAGGGCUCCCUCUAUGAGUCUGUGUAUGACUCCCAGUCAGAUGGCUCAUCGGUGUCUUUGACAUUCUCAGUACUCCACAGUUUCCUAGGCUCUCAUCCCUUCAGCGGCGUGGAGGAAGGGGACUUGAGGGGCUUACAAAUAGCCACAGAACAUGAAAAAGACCAAAGCAUUUCACAAAAAUCUGAAUCUGAACUUAACAGUGCCUGCGGUCAAACCCCACCUCAAAGUUUUCCCUCUUGCUCCCCUCCUCCCACGCCUGAACUGCCCCCUCCAUCCCCUCAAGGCACUGCUGCCUCCUCAUUAGACUGUCAGCUGCUGAAUUUCUUCGGAGAGAACUUGGCCUACAUUGACGAGUCUUCAGACACGCUCAGUGACCUCACUGAGCCCACAGUAAGCAAAGAGAAAAGGAGACAUCUCCGCAAGCCCAGGCGGAAGAGCAUAAAGAAACGACCGACACACAGGUGGAGCCCCCUGCAGGUGAGAAGGCUCAGCAUGCAGCCACCAUCUAAUCCCCCAACACCUCCUCCAGAAUGCUCUCCUUCAGACAUUUCUCUAGCAGAGACCUAGACAGAUUCAGCUCCUGGCCUUUGAUGGCCCCCUAUAAAUAUAGCAUUGAGGCAAAGUUUGUGUGACAAACCUUGACGCCUUGCCAUGCUGCAUCUUGAAUCAUGAAUUUAUUGAAGGUCAUCAAUGAAGUCAACUCCCAAACUUCAACUUCUUUAUAUUUUUGCUAAACAGCAUCUGGACUGACUCUUCUGUUCCCUACUGGCGCUGAUAGUUUAAGGGUUGAUUCAUGUUUACAUCUUAUGCCGACUGUCAUAUUUAUGUUAAAAAAAAGACUCCAUGUAAACCAAGGUUCAUAUUUCAUUAGUUGCAUUUUUCCUUUUAACAUCACACAUUAUCUGAUACAGUCAUUCUGAAGUUUCAGCUCUGUAAACACUAAGAUUUCCAAGAACCGGCUUACUAAAAAGAAUUGUUUCUAAAAACAUACUGAAACAGUGAUACAGUACUACUUGUACUUUUCCAGUUUGUUAAGUUUUUCAUUCAGACAAACAUAUUCUUAUCCAUUGCCACUGCCUGUUUGGAUGAAAGCUAAGACUUAAUUUUGUAUUCACUCUGAUGUUGGACUUUCCGAGAUGGUUGGAAAAUACGCAAGGAGAUUCCCUGAAGUCUAAAUCCAACACAAAAGUGAAAAUCCAAUAUGGCUGCCUCCUGUUUAAAUAAUACAUACAUAAAUAAAUGGUUUAUUUGCACCUUUUUGGACAGUUUAUUUCUCAUACAAUCUUUAACACACACCUAUAAAUAUUCGUAUAACCUGUGGUUAGUGAACAUGUUUCUUUGGUGCUUGAAUGAACAGAAGAAUCUCA